AUGCCUACCGCACGCUUGAAAGCGGCCACCAGAUCCGGUCCCGGCUCAUUGUGGUCGACUGACCAGCGUUGGAGCGAGAUCCUGGCCCGAAUGACUGGUUCAAGCCGCCGCAGGUACCCUCUAAUGAAGAUGUCGCCGAGUCGCAUCUUGCAACUGCGCUUAAAAAGCAAGAACGAUGAUCAAAAGCAACGCUAUGCAUUCGCCUUCAGAUACGCUGCCCGAUCGCGCAAUGAACGACUCCCAGCCUUGACGCUCCAACUCUUGUUGAAGAGGCAGCAGGCAGCCAUGGAGAAAGGGGCAGCCGAUGACGGGGUUUCGCAGUUGAUCAGUGCCAUCAAACCAGCUGAAUGGGAAGAUCUCCUCAACAGCAUGGCCUCAAGAGGCUGGUCUCGAGAGCAAUUCGAUCACUGGAUAUGGAUUCUGGCGGGAGAGAACGGAGACGCGCGAGUGGAGCGACUGGUUUCCACUGACGAGCCCAAGCCUGUAUUCCUACUUCUCCUUCUGCUUCGAAGUGAUGAGGUGUUUCGCAAGGCCGAGUCGUUCAAGUUGCUCCUGGAGUACACAUCAAAGAAUCACAUUACACCGCGAUCUACCAUUGCAAUAACCGCAGACGCCACGUGGUCUGCGAAACCAAACCUGAUACUGACGGUCCCUCAAUUUCUGAUACUACUUCGCCGCCUCACCAUGCAUGUCCAGCGCGUAUGGCCGCAGUCGGUAGUCGGCGUUGCGCGGUUUGUAGCCGGUUAUAUCAAAGGGUUGUCACAACAUAUGUCCGACGGUCAGCUCCAAUCUGAUUACCGCAGCCAGUGCGAGAUAUUCAACACUGCACUCUUCUUGUUCAGAAGACCAGCCACUAAUCAUCCCCUCGUCAACAUGGAAUUCAACUGGAGAGCCCAGAAGGUUCUCCUUGCAAUGUCCGAGGCCAUGGAAAAGCCUCUGAUCAUCAAUCAGACUAGUUACAGAGCAAUUCGACAGGUUCUUGCUGGUCUGAAGAAGUCUAAUGAGGAGAAACGGGUUGCCAUGAGGUACGCCAAGCCGUGGCCACCAUAUCGUCAAGACUUUGAUGGACUGGAUGCGAAACGGACACCGGAAGAUGACCUUUCGCGAAGCAUCAGAGCCGGAAAGCUCAUGACGGAGGCCGGAUAUACCAGUGACCAUUAUGAUUUGGCCUUGGACACAUUGAGCGGCAUGAACGCUGGCUCACCCACCAUACAGACACGGAGUCUUGCGCCGAAAGAAUGGAAAGAUGACAAAGACGAGUGGAACUUCUACUCCAGCUGGGCCAUGAGUAUUCGCGCCACUCGUAACCCGCAAGAGGCAUGGCAAGCUUUCAACCGCUUCGCACUCAAGACAGGGGCGGCCCCCAACUUCCAAGUAUACGGCGAGAUGUUCUACAAACUGCAGACUCGUCAUGCAGACGAAGACUCAUCGGUGCUGCCGGGAGAUUCACGGGAAACCUUCCCCGUUUACGAUGCCAAUUACAGCGAAUAUGAGCUUGCUAGAUUAUCGCCUCCAACGUUGGCUGAACUGUACGAUCAUAUGAUCAGCCAGGGCGUUAAGCCAGAAGGAUCUAAUCUCUACAGACUGGUCAGUAACGCAGGGUCCGUUGAAGAAGGUCUACGCUACCUUGUCGAUAGUGGCAUCGACCCGGUCAGCGUCAGUGCUCUAGCACUCUUCAAGGAGCCAUCUCAUCAAACCCUGCACCGUAUUCCCCUGAUGGCGUUCAACAGCUAUAUCCAGCUUCUCUGCAGGCUGCAGCCUGAUCGCCGCGCCCGGGAAAGGAUCAACACCACUGAACUAUUUCGAAUUCGCCAUGCUUACAAGCUUGUCAAACUCAGGCUUGUCCCGGAAACUACGGAAGGCACAACCUUUCGACCACCAUGGUGCUCCUUGUUGAGAUCGCUCGCACGACCAUAUAUCGCCAUCCAAAACGGCACGCAGGUAGAGAACGACAUCCAAGCGCUAGUCAUGUCUAUAGAUGUGAUUCGGACUGCGGAGAAAACGGUCGGCCUCGACCCGGACUUCUUCAUCUACCUCUGCCGCACCAUACAGAAGGCAGCGGUGUCACGGCUCGACUCAUUGGCAGGCUCCCAAUGGACAAGCCCCACGGGUGCAGAACAGACGCCGCUGAUACCGUCGGUUCAUUUAGUGUCGAACAUGCUCGGUCUGCUCUUCUCCAAGCUGACGAGGCCUAUGACCUCAGGUGAUCCGGACUCCCUUAACUUGCCGGAUCUGGUACAUUCCAUUAACCCAGCUCUCUUGCAUUCGUACAUGCGCGCUCUUGCUUUUGUCGACGACAAGGACGGGAUGGUGAACCUGGCGGGCUGGAUGCUCGCCAAUCGGUCGUAUUUGGAGGAGGAAGCAGAGCGAAUAGGACAGCGCGGGCAGACAUUGAUUGCGAGAACCCUCUGUGCCUUCCAAGCCUUUGCGGGACCGGGGCUCACGGAUACACAGCACGAGGACUUUCACUCGCAGAUGGAGAGGCUUGCUGAAGCUGGUGGAUCAUGGAGAUGGCCAACAUCAGAAGAGGUCGAUGCCUAUAUACAGACUGAUCGUCGCGGCGGAUCGCAAAAGCUCCAGCAGAGGUUACUGGCAAGAUGGUGGCAGGCCUCUCCGACGGCCUUCUCGGGGAGAGAGGAGAUGGAGGCAGCGCAAAUGUAG